UUUUUCUGAACAUACUGUACAUAUUCGGAUUCAGCGUAAAAAACUGGAUCAGAUGAUGUAUGAAAAUCAAAAAAAUUAAAACUGCUCUACUUUUACCUUUCCCCAACCUUAUAUAUACUAAAAUUAUCUCAAACAGUUAUGCACUAUAGGCUUGUAGCAUCAUUCAUAUUUAGAAUGCAAUAGAUACUUUUUUUCUAAUAUAAGAAAAACGUCACAAAUAUUGACAUAUGAAUGAUUUUUCAGUAUCUGUUACUAAUUUUUUUUAAUCCUCAAGUUGAUUACUUUUUAACAAAUAAUAAAAAACAAGCACAUUUUACAUUAUAUAUUUAGAACUUGACAUACAAAAUUUCUGAAGAGAUAAACAGAAUAAUAGUUUAUUAUGAAGUGUAUAAUUUUUGCAGUAGUCCUACUGUGCUUUUUACCAGUUGAAUCGCUCCUUCUCGGGAAUGAUCCUGAUUGGGACACAUUCAAAGCGACAUGGGGUCCGACUCCUUUAAGUUCAGGUGCUUUUAUCGAACAGCCAAGAACCGAAAAGGAUGCCAUCAAAGAUAAAUAUCAAAAAAUCGCAGGCUCUUGUAAUGAAAGUGGCCACUAUGCAUUUGACAAACAACGUAUGUUUAAUCGGGACGUUAUCAACGGUAUCAAUGCUUAUACUCUGACUGCGUAUUUUGUGAAUCCAGGUCGUGAUGAGAAAUCGCUCAAAAGUGAUGGUACAGGUACUGGACUAUGGUUACAAAACGGUGCAAACCCACUUACAGAUUCUAUGGCAAUUCCAUUACGAGAAGAAAACAUUGGCUCAACAAAAUGGACAAAAGGCGCUUGUUUUCCAUCAAUGGGAGUCCAUUACUGGUAUGAUAAUCACUUAGAUGCAGACUGUGAUACAUUUUUCCCAAGUUUCUUAUUAUUCAAUCGUGGUAAAUUGACAGGUUUUGGAUGGAGUGUAGUUGGAAAAUUUGAAUAUUCAAAACGUUUUGAAUACCCCCCUACUGCUGCAAUACAGUCAUUUUUAAUUCCAGUUCCAAAGUGUAUACCAAAACGAUACGAAGAGGCAGGAGGUUUUACAACAAUGCAUCUGUACUUCAAUACAGAACCAUGGAAUUUGAUUUGUUAG